UGUCCGGCUGGAAAUUUCCCCCCGGUGACGAGGAACGACUGGUGGAUUAUCUAUCUGAUGUGACGGCGGCCCAGCCCGAUGGCACUUUUCUGUGCAUUCGCGAAGCAUAUGUACAAUGUCUCAUCUUUCUCAGGACCGGUGAGACCAUGACAAGAUGUGCGUUGGGGGACAGCCAAGUCUGUCUGGCUACCCAACUAGCCCUCAUCGAUCGUUGGCUAGGGCAUAACGCCCCAUACGAAAAGAUGUGCCGGCAAAUAGCGCUUAGUACAGUCACGACCUUAAUGCACAAUAUCCUCCGUGACGAGACGCCAUUAUCUCCACCUCCCGCUGCUCCACCGGCAGCACACUCCAGCCUGGCAAGUGGUAUCCCAAAGCCAACGAGUUUGCAAUGCCAGCUCUGCAUUAAAAACUCAUGAAGAUCAUCCGCUGGUUUGAAUGGUGCUGCGACACGCUUGGUAUCUUUUUCGACAAUGGUACCGCUAUGCCCGGCAAAUUUGACUUGCUUCUGGACGAAAUAAGAGAUCGCGGGGGGAGCACGGAGGACGCGGCGGCCUCCGUCUCGCGGAUCAAGGAGUUGCUAAUCUACAGAUAUCGGAUAUUCAGUCGACUCUUUUGCUCGGAAAGUGGGGAAAUGGGUAGGAUUCAGCUUGAGGACUUCACCGCGAAGCUCAACGACGCUAUAGCGGUGCUAGGCUUGGAUUCAGCUUCACGUGCUUCUGCCAUUCCAGGGUUAGAGGACAGCAAAGGGACGUACUCGUCCCUCGAGGACAUCCUGCACCUGCUCCACAAAGCCAUCCGGAUAUGGGAGUUAGUAGAGCCUACGCAAACAUUCGGAAGCCAACAGCUGGCACCGACAACGAUGAUGGACGACAACUUCGUCAUCCCUGCUACAGACCUACACCCAUUAGACGAUCUUUUUACAUAUCGGGCUCUGUUGAUGGCUACUUUGUUAUCAAUGCCGGUAGAUACGAGCCCACUGCUACAAAACGAAAUGUAUCAGCAGAUGGUUCCAUUUCUAUAGGCACUUUGGUCGUCAAACGGCCGGGGUCAGGAGGAGGAAAUUCUGUCGUUGACGAUAUCAGGUGAAUAUUAACAUGGGACGAAUCUGGGCGCACCAAUUUCUAUUUUCGUAAGGUAUCUUAAAUGAAGUACGUAAUAUUGCUCACC